AUUCCACAAAAUAUAUGUAAUAAGAGUUGAUCCAAUUUAAACAAGAAGACUCUAAGGCUCCUUUUACAAUAAAAUCAGAGAUAUAAAUCUAAAAGUAAAAAGAACAAGAUAUUGAAAUAUAAAACCUAUAUAGAAUGAUUGAUAAAGGGAUCGAUUAUUAUAAUAAUGGACAAUUUACAUUUGCCAAAGUUGUUUUGUAUAAAAGCUCUAGUACUCUACUAAAUUAAAUAAAAAAAAAUCGUAAGAAUUAUUAAAUCAAUUAAGAAAUAUCUGAAUAUGAGAAACCUACAGCUAUAGCAAAAUUGUAAAGCAGUAUAAGGCAUGCUGAAGAGUGCAAUUAAUAAAUUACUAAGAUUCUAAAAUAAAUUGUUAAGUUUUGAUUUAUAACCUGUUGUAGGCUUAAAAAGAUCCAUAUA